AUGGCCAUUAUCACGCAGACACAAGUAGAUCAGAUCGAACGGACGCUCCCAUCUUCCCCACUGUCUUUACGGGCCACGCCAUCAGCUCUACAAACAACGACGCGCACGACGCGCCGCACAGAUACAACGACCAAGACGACGGCAACGAUCAAGACGACGUCAACGUCAACGACCCAUACGACGGCAACUUCAACGGAAACUUCAACGUCAACGAUGCAAGCGACGGCAACUUCAACGUUAACGUCAACAAUCACGUCACUGCCCAAGAAAAAGAAGAAGAAAAACGAUGCGGCCACGAGCGCGCUCGUACUCGUGGCCAUGAUCUUUCUCGGCGUCCUCGUCGCUCUUGCUGUCAUGGCGUUCUUUGCCUACGCGCCUCUACUCUGCGCGUCGUGGCUCGGCAUCAUGUACGUGAUCGUCCUGUACCUCUCCACCGAGUCUAAAUGGCGCUGGCACGACGCACAGGAGUUUGAAAACCGCUUUUGGACCGGCACGGCCUUUCUUUUCAGUGCGGCAGUGCUGUACAUACGCGACUCGCCGCUCGCUGUCGGCCAGUGGAGCUCGACGCUCGGCCUCGUGCUGGUCUUCGGCUUCACCAUGAGUGUGCACUAUUUUGACCGCUUUUUGCACCGCCAGGAGAUCAGUCGUCGGCCUCGUCUGAAAAAAGCCACGCGCCAUUUGUCCCAUAACUUGUUCAAGUACAAGGCCACGGCCAAAGAGAAGACGAACCUCCUGGUCGAGUGCGUCAGUCGCAUUGACCGCCAGUAUCUGCCCAGCACGAUCAACAAUAUGCUGAACCUCGCAGAGGUCAAGCGGCGCGAGCACAAGAUCUUUCGCAUCCUCGCCGGUGCGGGGAAAGACGAGCUGAACUACGUGGUCAACCACAUUCCACUCGCGCUGCUUUUUUACAAAGUCAAGGACCACUCGAGAGUGCGCGAAGACCAGAAUCGGACGCUCAUGCUUGACUUGCUGUGCACCACGCGCCUCGGCGAUCUCUCGGUCAUGUCGCGAGCGCUGCUGCUCGACGCUCUGAUGGUCAUGAAGAUCAGUGCCCACCCCAUGGCGGAGAAGUGGGUGCGCAAUAUCAUUUUAAAAACACAGGGCGACGAUCUCAGCAACUUGAAGACGUACACGGACGCCAAGGGCGACUUUCACAGUAUGCACAAACUCGUGUUUAACGAUAUCCGCGACCCGACGAUCCGGACCGAUAUCAUCAGUCACAUCCAGCGCGAAGCGAGUGUGCAGAUUGCACACACGCGUCUUGGCACGAAGCGCGGGCGUAGUCGGAAGCUGCAGGCGUGGCGCAAGGUGCUCAGUGAUGUGGACGACACGCUCUAUUCGUCUGGUGGACGGUACCCGGCAGGGCUGGACACGCGCUUUCCUCGACAUACUCUGUAUCCUGGAGUCCUGGCCUUCUAUCGGGAGCUGGACAUGGGUACAGUUGGACCCGAUGACUGGACUGACGAUCGUGUUGGCAACCUCGUGUUCAUCUCGGCGCGACCUCACGUGUACAAGGAUGUAUCGGAAAAGAAAUCGUACGCGAAGUUUGCGGCGCUCCACGAGAAGAUGGGUAUGCACACGCUGCCUACGCUGCUCGCAGGAAACCUCAAGUCGGGUCGUGCUUUUAUGUGGCAAGGGGACUUGGAGCCAAUGGCGCAAAAGAAGUUUGAGAACUUCAGUGAAUUCUACCAGCUCUAUCCAGAGUUUAAACACGUGUUUGUCGGGGACAAUGGUCAAGGCGACGUGCGUGCUGCCGAGCUUAUUGUGGAGAAAUUCGGCUCGGACGCUUUAGAAGCUGCAUUUUUUCAACGUGUGCAGCCUAUGGAGAAGAUGUACAAUUACCACUCGAAGGAGGACUUGGAGCGCUGGCGCACGAUGAACAUAUUUUUCUUCGACACGUACGUGGGUGCUGCCGUUGAGGCUUUUCGUACGAAAAAGAUUCGACUCAGUGGACUGCAGAAAAUUUGUGAUGAUGCUGGGCGGUCGUUUGAGGGCAUCCGUACGUGGAUCACUCCCCAGAGUCGCGAACGUGCUCGAUGGAUGCUGAAUCGUGACCUUGAAGUAGCAAAUGCGCUGCUAUGUAACAAGUAUGAGCCGUCACGUCUGGUGAUGAAGCCACAGGUUUUCGCCUUGAACUCGCUUGUUCGCACGCCAAUCGGGCGUGGAAUUGUUCGCAAGUUUCGUGGGAUCGAUGGCAUCUAUCAAGUACAUUUGACGGAAUGGUCGUUGUCGCCAACGCGUCAUGAACGCAUACAAGCUUAUUUUACUGAAGAGAGCCUCACUGCUGCUGUAAGUACGUACACAUCGCCUCCAGCGUCGAGCUCUUUACGCUACGUCAAGUUUUACCCAGCACCACCUGCCCGCAUAUAUGCAUCACACACGCUUGUAAAAACCUUGUUUGGAAUCGGGCGUGUGAUGAGUUAUCGUGCCGAAGACAAAAUUUACACGGUAUCUAUCCCUGGUGACCAGAAUAUGCUGCAUUUAACGGCUUUUCUGAAUGGGGAUUCGCUGCAAGCUGUUGAUGAUGCGUUCUUGAAGAGUUAUGCAACAAGCGAUUUAGCGUCACCGCGAAUGUUUGCAGGAGUUCGCUUUGGCAUCGGGUUCAUCACGAAGAAAUUGAUCACAUUCGUACCUGGUAGUUCCGGCGUAAAACCAUUGUUCUCCGUUGCGGUUGUAGUGGAUUCGCCAUUCGGGCGCGGAGCGGUCGUGAACUGUCGCGGAGAGGAUCGUAUCUACGAAAUACGGCUGUUUCGCGACGAGAAGAAAACUCGAAGCGGCGAUGUGGCUUCGCGCACAAGUGUGUUUGUACAGGAGCGGUGUUUGCAAUUAUCUCCUGUGUCUCCAACUCGAGGCUUUUUCUCUAUGCUUGGGUUGGGCUCGGGUAAAAAUACUGUUGCGCCAGUAAGCGAACCUACUCCGAUUGGCUCUCUUGUGACCACAAUAUAUGGCAAGGGGGUAAUUUGCAGCUAUCGUGCUGCUGAUGGAGUUUACGCAGUUGCAUUGACUGAUCCGACGCUUGCCGACGGCCAUGAUGUGGUGGCAUACCUUAGACGUGACUUUUUCAAUCCUGCAGCUGUGCCCUUGGAAGUUUCUCCAGACACAAGUAAGGAGGCUUCGACAGAGAGAAAAGUCGGCUCUCCUCCAGGAAGUAGUGGCAUCUUCCAGUUGUUUCGGUAUGGGUUCACGGCUUCUAGCACAGAACCAGCGGGCGUUUCCGUUCCAUAUGCCGAUGAGGCUGGCGUCGAGCGCCAGAUCGAUACCAUCUUCGGUCUGGCCACUACCGCAAUGAGUCGGCCGCACAACGGGUUUUACAAAGCGUUUCUUAUGAACCCGGAUUACAAUGGGGCGGUUGCUUACGUGCAGGCAAACCAUGCAAAGGAAGUAGCCGUCACCCCGAAACGGGCGAGGCGUAACACACUCGAGCUAUUGGCUAGCCCGUUUAGCUAUUUGCUUUCGAGCAACACAUACGACCGGAGAGACACGACUGACACGAAGACAUUAUUUCCGAAGGGAACCAUGGUAGUUACGUCGUUCGGUGAGGGCGUUGUACGCUUACACCGACGUUCGGAUGACAUUUACGUGGUGGACCUGCCGUCAAUGUAUGGUUUCUUCCGCGCGAGCAGCCUCAGACGUCUAGUCCGUGGCGUAGUCGGGCAGCCAGUCGAUACAAUCUACGGAUCGGGAAUGCUGGAACAAGUCCGCGAAGAGGACGGAGUUCACGUUGUCGCUCUACGACUUGGUCUGACUACUUCAGAAACCCGUGCAUACCUGCACCCGUCCAGCGUAAUCCGAGCCAUUAAGGCAUCUCGUGGUGAUAUGGUGAUGACACCUUUCGGUUCGGGUGUUGUGAUGCAGUAUCGCUCACACGAUCGCUUUUACUGCGUGGCAUUAGACUGGAAUUCGAAUGGUCAGAGCCACGUAUCGGCCUACAUUGGCGAGGACAGUCUCUUGCGAACGGGUUUAGUGGAGAAACCUCCAUCAGGAUGCGUUGUUAUGUAA